AGAUUUUGGAUUGUCUGCCAGACGUUAUUUUUUUUCAUUUGUGAGGUCAAAGGUGACUGAUGUUGGAUCUGAGAGAGGUCCCAUAUUUGUUCAAGGGGCUGCGGUCAACUUGAUGCACCAUGACAUCUAAAAGGUGGAAGCAUAGAAUGGUUCAAAGAGGAAUACAAAAUUUGCAGCAGGAACUGACAGGUCAAGCCCAACCUUUGAUUGAUGAAAGCAUUAAGGGACGUGUCAAAAUGGUUUGGUCUACUGUAUAUUGUCUGGUUAGACCACAUUCGUUAUGCAAUAAGCCCGGUCUUGUUAUCGCUUGCCCUUUUAGCAUCCAGGGCAGGAAAAAAGGGGGGAGUGGGUUCAGAGAGACAUGCACACGAUAUGACUCAGGUCACAAUAGCUUCUAUUUCUGUUGAUGCACUGGGGUUAUCACUCCACUUGCAGCCACUCUCUCUCCCUCUCUCUUCGUCCAACACUCUCACUUGCUUCUGCAAAAAUCAUGGCGGACAAAAACAGUCGGGGCAGUGUUAAGCGGAAGGAGAAGAAGGUGGAGAAAAAACCCAAUGAGGAGAAGGAGAAGGAAAAGGCAAAAGCUGUGAAGAAGCAGCAGGACAAAGUUGUGAAGAAGCCAGAGACGGCUCCUGCUGCAGUGGAAGAGGAGAAGAGGAACGGGGAAGCUGGAGGGGCAGCAGGCGAGGAGGCCAAGAAAAGUGAUGGAAAUGGAGCGUUUGAGCCUUAUGAACUACCGCCGUUUGAGAUCGUCGUAGGGGAACAGAUGAGCCCAUUCUACUUCAAGUUUCAGUUCAGGAAUGUGGAAUACUCAUCCGGGAGGAACAAGACCCUGCUGUGCUACCAAGUAGACACGCCAGGAGGCACCACAGAACCUGUGAAAGGUUAUAUGGAGGAUGAACAUGCCACAGCUCAUGCUGAAGAGGCUUUCUUUCAGCAGGUGCUCCCUAACAGUAACCCGUCGCAGGAAUGUGGCGUCACAUGGUACGUGUCUUCUAGUCCAUGUGUGGCUUGUGCUGCUAAACUGGCCAACAUCCUCCAGCAGCGCAAAAAGGUCCGCCUGUGUAUAUUCUGCUCCCGUCUCUUUGACUGGGAAGAGCCAGAAAUAGUGGAGGGUCUCAAGGCGUUGGUGAAUGCUGGCUGCAAACUGAGGAUGAUGAAGCCUUCUGACUUCCUGCAUGUUUGGGAGACCUACGUAGAGAAGGAGGACCAGACCUUUACACCCUGGGAGGACUGUCAGGAAAACUACGAGUUUUAUGUGGAGAAACUGGCUGACGUCCUCAAGUAGAUGUGAGUCCUAGAGCAAUGGUCUCCAAAGGCUUGAUUUUGAGUAGUACACCAAAGGGUCGAAGAAUAUUUGCUUAAAGGGGAACUACACUUUUUUUUGGAAUUUUGCCUAUUGUUCACAAUCAUUAUGAAAGACGUGACGACACAUGGAUUUUUUUUAAUGCAUUCUAAAUAUUAAGUUAACGUAAAUUAAAGUGUGCUUACAGUGGAGAUAAUGGGAGCUCCACUAUUGCACCGAUAAAAACCGAUAAACAACCAUUCAAAAAGCGCCAACAAUACUCCAUGUACAUUUUGUGAUUUGAAUAUUAACCAAGUCUUAGUGAUAUUGUUAGUAUAGGCGCUAACACAGAUAAACUAUUUGUAAAGGUGAUGUGAUCACUUCCGUGUGUGCCUAAGUUUACAUUAUUGAGUGGUCUGCUGUUUCCUCACUUCCCUGCUCCCUGUAAGUUUAUCGUAGAUCAUAAAUCAUGCAUCUCACCUGAAAAGUAAAUGGCUGAAGAUAUAAUCUGACAACUUGACAGCCAUUUAGGACCUGGAAUUGGUGAGAACAACACGAAAAGUGCUUGUUUCCCCCUCGCAUCCCAAGCCCGUUUCUUUGCGAGGAUAAUGAGUCAUUCUUCACCUAAAUGGGAAUAUAUGAACAUCCUCGCAGUCGUCAUCCUAAUGACAGCAGACCUUGCACAGUAAGUGAUGUUUGAUUAUGUUUGUUGGCUGUCAUAAAGUCUGCAGUGAGCAGAAAUCAGUGAUGAAGAAAAAAAAAAAGCAAAUGUGAUGCGUUUUUUAAAUUAAUGCUGCGCGUAUGCUUAAAAUUAUCAAAAUGUUUAAAUAUUAAAUGUUAUCAUACAUGUGUCUGUUACUACAUUACAUAUAUACUUACAUCAUGUAUAUAAAACCUUAAUGGAGGUGUUUAGAUGGUUUUAGGGGCUCUAUGGGUCGAAUGAAACGACUCCCUUGGGCUCCAUUGUAAGCAGACUUUUGAUCAAAUGUAUUUAAUAUUUAGACUGCAUUAAAAAAAAUCCAUCCGUCGUCAUGUCUUUCAUAAUGAGUGUGGUUGCCCUUUAAACUCUCAGUACUUUUAUAGCUGUUAAAGUCAGAAAAUAUUCCUAUAUUUAGGGACACAUUACCACAAAUUAGCGCAAAGACAAUGACUGCACCAUUUAAGUGGAGAUCUGCGUCCCACAUAAAGUAAAAUUUAAAUUUGUCAGUUACACACAAUCCUUUCUUUUUGUCAAAGUAACUCUGAUAUAUAUAUAUCAGUGGUUCUUAACCUGGGUUCGUUGAGUCGGCCUCAGGGGUUCGGCACAGCCUCCGCCGCAGCGGUCAAGACACACCAGACUCAUGAAUUGAUUAACGUGGACCCCGACUUAAUUAAACAAAUUGAAAAACUUAUUCGGGUGUUACCAUUUAGUGGUCAAUUGUACGGAAUAUUAAAGUUAAGUUAAAGUUCCAAUGAUUGUCACACACACACUAGGUGUGGCGAAAUUAUUCAGAAUAUGUACUGUGCUGUGCAAUCUACUAAUAAAAGUUUCAUUCAAUCAAUCAAUCGUGUAAAUAAAAACUUCUCCCUAUCGGCGUAUCUGUACUGUAAAGUUAACAUAUGAAUGACAAUAAAAAGGAAGUCUAAGUCUAAGUAUUAUGGAUACCCCCAAACAAUGUUCCCUCUAAUUUUCCAUCUGAUUUGCAAGAGUGUAAUUUGUUGUGAGUUCAUGCACUGUGUUGGUUUUGUUCUUUGAACAAGGUGAUGUUCAUGCACGGUCAUUUUGUGCAAUAGUAAAAAAAAACAACAUAGAACUUUGUCUUGAAUUUGGAAUUUUUUUUAAAAUAAAACAUUUUAUUUUUCACUAAAGAAGGGUUC